AUGGCCACCUUAGCCCUGUCGCUGCGGGACCGGCAAAUCGCAUCCAUCCAAAGAAUCCUCAACCUCAAUCACGAAGUCCAAGCCUCCAGCGAUGCGCAGGCUGAUGGCGCCGCGGCCGUCAUCCCCCAGUCUACACCAAUCCUGAACGAAGACGGAGAUCCGAUAUGGAAAGUCCUAGUGUUUGAUAAUAAAGGCCGAGAUGUGAUCAGUAGCGUACUACGAGUGAAUGACUUGCGGGCGUGGGGUGUCACUAUCCACUUGAACAUAAACUCUGCACGAUAUCCGAUACCUGACGUACCCGUCGUUUACCUUGUGGAGCCGACUGCAGUGAACACGCAACUCAUCAAUUCAGACUUAUCUCGCGGGCUAUACUCCCCCGCCUACGUCAACUUUCUCUCGUCGGUACCGCGCCAGCUACUGGAAGACUUCGCAUCACAGAUCGCAACAUCGGGCACGGCAGAACAUAUAUCUCAAGUCUUUGACCAAUACCUGAACUUUAUCGUCGCGGAGCCGGAUCUGUUCAGCUUGGGCCUUGGUAAUGACUCGUACUGGAAGAUCAACAGUGCUCAAACAAGCGAUGAAGAUCUCGACAACAUCGUGGAUCAAAUUGUCAGUGGACUUUUUGACGUCAGUGUCACUAUGGGCGCUAUACCCAUCAUUCGAUGCCCGAAAGGCGGCGCUGCCGAGCUUAUAGCCACCAAAUUAGAUCGCAAACUGCGCGACCAUAUACUCAAUUCGAAGGAUAAUCUGUUUUCGAGCAACAAACGACCAGGAGCUGCCGUGCCAUCGUCGCGACCGGUAAUGAUAAUUGUGGAUCGGAAUGUUGACCUCGUGCCGAUGCUGUCCCACGGAUGGACUUACCAGUCUUUGGUGCAAGAUGUUCUGAAGAUGCACCUGAAUCGUAUCACGGUGGAGACGCUGGUGGACGAAUCGGACCCUUCAAAAGGAAAGACUAAAAAGGCAUAUGAUCUUAAUGCGACAGAUUUCUUCUGGAAACGUAACGCCAACGUGCCCUUCCCUCAAGUGGCGGAAGAUAUUGACGCCGAGUUAACAAGGUAUAAAGAAGAUGCCAACGAUAUUACAAAAAAGACAGGAGCAUCUUCAAUCGAAGACCUUCAAAAUGACACCAGCGCUUCUGCACAUCAUCUCAAAGCAGCCAUUACUCUACUUCCAGAGCUACGCGAGCGCAAAGCUACCCUCGAUAUGCACAUGAACAUUGCUACGGCGUUACUACAAGGGAUCAAAGACCGACAACUCGACAACUUUUUCCAACUCGAGGAGAACAUCAGCAAGCAAACCAAAGCUCAAAUACUAGAACUGAUAAAUGACCCGAGCAAGGGUACGGAUGCGUCCGAUAAACUACGGUUGUUUAUCAUCUGGUUCUUGACAACAGAACUGGAAUUGACAAGGGCGGAAAUGACACAAUUUGAGGAAGCGUUGCAGAAGGCGGGAAAUGAGGACACGGCCUCUAUUGCAUAUGUCAAGCGGGUACGAGAAAUUACCAGAAUGACCAUGAUGACGAGCUCGACUGGGGCUCCUCAACAACAGUCAUCCGACCUCUUCAAGGGUUUUUCGUCUCUUUCCAACAGACUGACUGAUCGCAUUACCUCUGGUGCUCUUGGCGCCAACUUCGACUCUCUGAUUUCUGGCGUCAAGAAUUUCCUUCCGGUCAACAAGGAUCUCACCCUCACCAAGAUUACAGAGUCGAUCAUGGAUCCUCAAUCCGCUUCCAGUUCGGCCAUUGCCAAGACCGAGAAUUAUCUCUACUUUGAUCCGCGUAGCGCAAAUGCACGAGGUGCCAUGCCCACAUCCUCCGCUGCGCGGGGCCAACAGCAGACCGGCGCAGGCUCCGCGUCGACGCCCGGAAUCACCGCUAGCUUCGGACAGCGUCGUCAGGCCUUUAACGAAGCCAUCGUCUUUACCGUUGGUGGUGGCAGCAUGGAGGAGUACGGCAAUUUGCAGGACUGGGUCGCUCGCACGAGCGGUCAACAGGGUACCACUGGUGCCGGCAGUGCUCCAGCCGGCGCUGCUGGUCCCGCCGGUACUAGCGUGGCUGCUGCAUCGGCCGGAACACACAGGAAGAGAGUUGUUUACGGGAGCACAGAGCUCAUGAACGCGUCUGAUUUUUUGACAGAUGCAUUGGGAAGACUGGGCAAGGAGAGUUGA